AUGUGUAACUCUGAAUUCAAUUCAAAACGUGUCGUGUUCUUCUUCAUUUGUGUGGUUUCGUUGCCGAGUUUGUUUGUUUCUUCAUUGUUGAUGACCCAAAAUGAGGAGGAGUUGUCAAACGACAUUGCCACUCAUUCGGACGACUAUUAUGACAGUCAUCUACACUAUCAGAUCCUUUUUCUCAACUACUUUAUCAACAAAUUCCGUCAAGAUUCGAAUCACAGAUCCAGAAAGUUGUACGCCAAAUCUAGUCGCUCCGGAAGCCCGUACUCGGACAAUGAUGUUGUCGUAGGGACCCCAAUCAAAAAAGGCUAUUCAGCAUCAAACGCUGAGUACUCGAACGAUGUUGAAAACACGAACCAGCUCGUCAACGAGAAACCCAAUUGCGAAGAAGGUGAAAUGAAGCUAAAAAAGCCGUGGGAUUACCUGUCAAAGAAAAAGAAAGCCAGCAUUAUUUUAGGGACGAUUGGUUUUGCUUUCGUCAAGUUAGGUUUGAUUUCAUUUCCGUCGUUAGUCGUCAUGGAAGACACGACCACAACGUCCACAACGUCUACGACAUCGACGACGACACCCACCACGACUACCACGCCCACAACGACCACAUCUACAACUUCGACAACAUCGACGACAACACCAACGACGACGACAUCCACCACAUCGACGACAACGACGACAACGACAACAACAACGACAACCACAAUGAUGCCAAUGACGUGCUCGACUACAUCGACCAUGGCAACUGGAUCGUACAAGACGAUUCGAACUCCAGGCACUCAGGUGGAACAGUGUCUUUCCAUCACCGUUGCUCCGGGCAGCCGAAUUCAAAUAACCUGCACUUCCAUCAACGUUUCCACUGGCACCUAUGUCACCGUAUUGGAUCUAUCCGGUACGAGUAUCGUUGCUAAUCCGCCCAUUAUAAACACGCCGUACACGACGGCGGACAACACGUUGAUCAUCAAAUCUCUCGCCAGCAGUGCCAACGCCGAUCAGCUGUGUUGCGAUUGGAUUACUGUUUAA